AUGUCGCAGUCGGAAGCACCAGGACUGGAUACACUCGUGGAGGGUUCACAUUAUGCGCUGGACCAGCUGCAUGGUGAACAAAAGGAUCCCAGUGCUCCCUUGAGAAAGUCUUCGCAGCCGCGCGACGCACUUGCCGAUGCUCGCUCGACUAUUCGCAAAACUUCAUCUGCUACGCCCGUUCGCCGUCGAAUAAGCAGAGCUUGUGACCAAUGCAAUCAGCUGCGAACCAAAUGCGACGGGCAAAAUCCGUGUGCCCAUUGCCUUGAUAUCGGCCUCGACUGCGAGUAUGCGCGAGAACGGAAGAAGCGGGGUAAGACCUCCAAAAAGGAUUUGGCGGCAGCUGCAAGCACUGCAAUCACCAACGGCGACUCGAGUCUGAAGGAUGAUAAUGCGCAUAUGCAGGGGCAGUCUCCACAUGCACCGCAGCCACACGAAGCCAAUGGGCGGUAUGAUUCCGCCUUCGAUGCCACUCGAGAAUUGCCUGAGCAUACCCCAUCCCAUCUGCCCAGCUUGGAGGCUCCCAACAUCGUGGGAAUACAACAAAACACACAGUCGACACAAGCACCUCCCCAGCAGCCAAUAGGUUCCAAUAUAGAGGGCCUGCCAGUGAAUCACUACGGGGGCUACCCGAGUCUAAUCGACCGCCAAUGGGGGCACCAGGCUUUCGUUCUCUGCAAAUGA